AUGUCAGGGGCUUCCGACUUUUUGAGUAAGGGUAUAGAUUUGGUCCAGAAAGCUAUCGAUGCCGAUACGGCAACUAGAUACGAAGAGGCGUACAAGUUGUACUAUAAUGGUCUCGACUAUCUUAUGCUCGCCAUCAAAUAUGAAAAGAACCCGAAAUCAAAAGAGCUAGUAAAAUCAAAAUUUACCGAGUAUUUAACCAGAGCCGAGCAGCUUAAAGAGCACCUUGAGAAACAACAAAACAAAUCCAACUCAGCUGAGAACUCGGCAAAUGGUUCAACAAAGGCCAAGAAAUCUGGUAGUGGAGACGGAGACGAUGAUAACGAUGCAGAUACUAAGAAACUUAGAGGUGCAUUAGCCGGAGCCAUUCUCUCAGAGAAACCCAAUGUUAGUUGGUCUGAUAUAGCGGGUCUUGAUUCAGCAAAAGAGGCAUUGAAAGAAGCAGUUAUAUUACCUGUGAAAUUCCCACAGCUAUUUGUUGGAAACAGAAAACCUACUUCGGGUAUCUUGUUGUAUGGUCCACCCGGUACUGGUAAAUCGUAUUUGGCAAAGGCAGUGGCAACAGAAGCAAACUCGACGUUUUUCAGUGUUUCUUCAUCGGACUUGGUCUCCAAAUGGAUGGGUGAGUCUGAGAGAUUAGUUAAGCAAUUGUUCACAAUGGCACGAGAAAGUAAGCCUUCAAUCAUUUUCAUUGAUGAAGUCGAUGCAUUAUGUGGACCUAGAGGUGAAGGUGAGAGUGAAGCAUCACGAAGAAUCAAAACAGAAUUGUUGGUGCAAAUGAAUGGUGUUGGUAAUGAUUCGCAAGGUGUGUUGGUUCUUGGUGCUACUAAUAUUCCAUGGCAACUAGAUGCGGCAAUUCGUAGAAGGUUCGAAAGAAGAAUCUAUAUCCCAUUACCAGAUGUUGAGGCAAGGUCGAGAAUGUUUGAAAUUAACAUUGGUGAAGUUCCGUGUGAAUGUACAUCGCACGAUUAUCGUACGUUGGCAGAAUUGACUGAAGGCUAUUCUGGUCAUGAUGUUGCUGUUGUUGUUAGAGACGCUUUGAUGCAACCUAUAAGAAAAAUUCAACAAGCAACGCAUUUUAAACCAGUCCAAGAAACUGAUGAAGAUGGUCAGGAAAAAACUAAAUAUACGCCAUGUUCACCUGGUGAUGAAGGAGCUCGAGAAAUGAGCUGGAUGGAGAUUGGUACCGACGAGUUAAAAGAGCCGCCGUUGACCAUAAAGGAUUUCAUUAAAUCUAUAAAGAGCAAUAGACCAACGGUUAAUGAAUCUGAUAUCUCAAAUCACGUGAAAUUCACCGAAGAUUUUGGACAAGAGGGAAACUAG